AUGUCCGAGAACCUCGACAUUGUUCGUCGUCGUUUGAGCCGUCCUCUUACCUACGCCGAGAAGGUUCUGUACUCUCACCUUGACGAUCCGCACGGUCAGGACAUCGAGCGUGGUACCUCCUACCUGAAGCUGCGCCCCGACCGUGUUGCUUGCCAGGAUGCCACCGCCCAGAUGGCCAUCCUUCAGUUCAUGUCCGCUGGCAUGCCCUCCGUCGCUACCCCCACCACUGUCCACUGUGACCACUUGAUUGAGGCUCAGCUUGGUGGUGACAAGGAUCUUGCCCGUGCCAACGAGAUCAACAAGGAAGUCUACGACUUCUUGGCGUCCUCUACCGCCAAGUACAACAUUGGUUUCUGGAAGCCCGGUUCCGGUAUCAUCCACCAGAUCGUCCUCGAGAACUAUGCCUUCCCCGGUGGUCUGAUGAUCGGUACCGAUUCUCACACUCCUAACGCUGGUGGUCUUGCUAUUGCUGCUAUCGGUGUCGGUGGUGCUGAUGCUGUCGAUGUCAUGGCUGGUCUUCCUUGGGAGCUGAAGGCCCCCAAGGUCAUCGGUGUUAAGCUGACCGGUGAGAUGUCUGGCUGGACUACCCCCAAGGACAUCAUCCUCAAGGUCGCCGGUCUUCUCACUGUCAAGGGUGGUACUGGUGCUAUCAUUGAGUACCACGGUCCUGGUGUCAACUCCCUGUCCUGCACUGGUAUGGCUACCAUCUGUAACAUGGGUGCUGAAAUCGGUGCCACCACCUCUCUCUUCCCCUUCAACGACCGCAUGUACGACUACUUGAAGGCCACCAAGCGUACGCAGAUCGGUGACUUCGCCAGAAGCUACGCUAAGGAGCUCCGCGAGGAUGAGGGUGCUGAGUACGACCAGCUGAUUGAGAUCAACCUGUCCGAGCUCGAGCCCCACGUCAACGGUCCCUUCACCCCUGACUUGGCUACCCCUAUCUCCAAGUUCAAGGAGGCUGUUGAGACCAACAAGUGGCCUGAGGAGCUCAAGGUCGGUCUUAUCGGCUCUUGCACCAACUCUUCCUACGAGGAUAUGUCCCGUGCCGCCUCCAUCGCCCGCGAUGCCCUCGACCACGGCCUGAAGUCCAAGUCUAUCUUCACCAUCACUCCUGGUUCCGAGCAGAUCCGUGCCACCAUUGAGCGUGACGGCCAGCUCCAGACUCUUGAGGAGUACGGUGGUGUCAUCCUUGCCAACGCUUGCGGUCCCUGCAUUGGUCAAUGGGAUCGUCGCGACAUCAAGAAGGGUGAGGCCAACUCCAUCAUCUCUUCCUACAACCGUAACUUCACUGGUCGUAACGAUGCCAACCCCGCCACCCACGCCUUUGUCGCCUCUCCCGACCUUGUGGUUGCCAUGACCGUUGCCGGUACCCUCAAGUUCAACCCCCUUACCGACAAGCUCAAGGACAAGGACGGUAACGAGUUCUUGCUCAAGGCUCCUUCCGGUGAGGGUCUCCCCGCCCAGGGCUACGACCCCGGUCGUGACACCUACCAGGCUCCUCCCAAGGACCGUGAGUCUGUUUCCGUCGCUGUCUCCCCCGAGAGUGACCGUCUCCAGCUCCUUGCUGGCUUCGAGAAGUGGGAUGGCAAGGAUGCCACCGGCAUCCCUAUCCUGAUCAAGUGCCAGGGUAAGACCACCACCGACCACAUCUCCAUGGCUGGCCCAUGGUUGAAGUACCGUGGACACCUUGACAACAUCUCCAACAACAUGUUGAUUGGUGCCAUCAACGCCGAGAACGGUGAGGCCAACAAGAUCAAGAACGCCUUCACUGGUGAAUACGAUGCCGUUCCCGCCACUGCCCGUGACUACAAGGCCCGUGGUGUCAAGUGGGUCGUUAUUGGUGACUGGAACUACGGUGAGGGUUCCUCCCGUGAGCACGCCGCUCUGGAGCCCCGCCACCUUGGUGGUCUUGCCAUCAUCACCCGCUCCUUCGCCCGUAUCCACGAGACCAACCUCAAGAAGCAGGGUAUGCUCCCCUUGACCUUCUCCGACCCCGCCGACUACGACAAGAUCAAGCCCGAUGACAAGGUUGACCUCCUCUGCACUGAGAUCGAGUCGGGCAUUGUGUCGAGUCUAUCGACGAUCAGAAAGUGCCACUCACUCUCGCACGUGACGUGCAUAUCUCCGCUAUCCUCAGAAGAUUCCCCCAAGUCCAUUUGCUCCGCGCUUGCGGGCGACGAUCUGUCAAUCGUUAGACUCUAG